AAUACAACUUAACUUUACGGAGUAACAUCACCUCUCCAACUUUAUAAAUCCAGUACCAUCAGUAAAGAAGCAAUAAUACUGACAGGUAGGAAGAGCAAGUGAGAUGGCGUCUUGCAAGUAGUAAACAAUUUGUAAUAUCUAAAUGAUAUAAUUAAUGUAAUAAGUAAACAAUGAAAUAGCCUCGGGUAUUAAUUGUAAAGUCUGAAAUGUCGUGAUUAACCAUAUCAAAACACAUGUCUUUCAAAGUGGCCAGGUGAAAACGAGGCUUUGACCCCAAUGACACUAUUGAUUCAAGAUAGAAGUUGACGGUACUCAGCUAUGUGUAAGAAUAUCUUUUUCACGCUUACGUUCUUCUUUAAUGGUGGCAAAAGGUAAACAUUCAUUUUACACCGAUUACGAUAAUAGUUUUGUUUGUUUCUCUGUAUUAUUUCUAAUAUUGUUGUGGGGGGAAAAAUUCGUUGCAGGCCGAUAGCCGACAGAGCAAUUUCUGAGGUUAAUGUUCUUGACGAAGAUGACGGAAUGUCUGGUGAUUAUAAAGUGAAAUGUUCACUUCAAAAAGUCAGCCAAAGUUUGCUACUUUCUGUGAGAAUAACCACAAUAUUUGUAUGGAUGAAAACAAACAGAAAACUCCAGAACACAAUAUUGAUUCUACACACUCUCUGGAUACAAUCAACAAAUCUAAUAGAAAGGCAGUUUCAAACAGUAAAAAGCCACACCGCAAAGCAUCUUUUAAAAAUGUAAAAGAUUUCAUGAGCCGUAUUGUGAUGCGACAGCUUCAGCUACAACCUUAUGAUAGUGAACAGUUUGAUUAUAGUUGUAACACAAUUCACAAUGAGGGUGACAAAAGAUACUUUACAAACUUGGAUAGUUGCGGGGAUAGUGCGAUUGUUUCUGUUGCUACAGUGACACCCAUCGGAGAUACCCUGCUAAAUGUUAAGUAUAAAGGCGAUCAAAAUAUUUCAAUUAUGUCAGCGCCUAAGUCUAACCAUAGCAAUUCCACUAUGGCCAGCAAUGUAUCAUGUAAUACUUCCGCGGUUACACCUCUAUCGGAAGCUAGCGAUGGUACUAAAUAUAAACAUUAUAACAGUUGCUGUGAAUCAACAAUCCGCCCACUGGUUACUCACAAUAAUAAUAGUAUAAAUAGUGAUCAAAAUAUCCGCCAUGUAAGACAGAACAAAUCUAAGAUACCUGUUUGGAAUGAUAUGACUCCUGGAACAGUGGGACUUUAUAACCACGGCAACACUUGUUAUAUGAAUGCUGUACUACAAUGCAUUAGCAACGCAAGUUUUCUUUCUGGAUAUUUUGUUAUGGGACAUUACAAAGAAGAACUAAAAAACAACAAAAAUAUUUGUAAAAAGUUCGGAUCCAGUGGUGAAGUGACUGAACAAUUAGGUAUUCUGUUACGAAGCAUUUGGUCAGGAAAAUACAACCCCGAUAUUUCUAAUGAUUUCAAAACAGUUAUAGGUAAAUAUAAUUCCCAAUUUAAAGGAUUUAAUCAGCACGACGCGCAGGAGUUCCUUCUCUGGUUAUUGGACCAAGUACACGAGGACCUAAAUUUACCUAUUAAAAAGAGUAAGAAUAAUCAACAGGGGAAAUUUUCAUCUGAAAAAAGAACAAUGGUCUCAGAAUUAUCACUGAGUAAGCAGACUAUAAUCUAUCAAAUGUUCCGGGGUUUGUACCAGUCAUCUUUAACAUGCUUAAAAUGUAGAAGACAAAGCAAUACCUAUGAUCCUUAUUUGUGUCUAUCUCUUCCUUUACCUCAGAUCUGUAACAGGGCAAUUUAUAUUAUCAUUGUGUAUCUAGAUCCAAAUGUAACUUUAAAAAGAAUUGGAAUUCUAAUGAAAAAUACUGAAACUUUUGGAGAUUUACGGAAAUGUUUGUCACAGUUACCAUCACAAUAUCCAGCCAUUCCCAAAUUGAAAUAUCUCCUAUGCCAAAUUGAUGAUAAUGGAUAUUGCAAUUCAUACAGUGAUUCCGAAUUAUUAUCUGAUGUGGCUGAAUCUGAGGAUAUUUACUUGUUUGAGCUGCCAACUCCUGUAUUUCAACCAGAAAUAUCUCUUACUUCAAAUUUUCAUGACCAACAACACAGAAGGCACUCCUAUGAAAUGUCUUCAAUAAAUAUCUUACUUGUUCAUGCUGAACAAAUAAACAGUACAGCAGUUAGUGGAAAAUGGUUAGUAAAUAUUUUGCAAAAGUUGUGCAUUUUCAUUUUACUAAUCUAUAUAUAUAAAAUUCAUUGUCUCUGUAUGUCUGUCUUUUCCCAAUGCAUUCUCGAACAUGUUGCAGGAACUACAACUUUAUCAGCUUUGAAGAUUAAGUCAUCAACAACAGUUUUUCUUCCCAGUAUACUUGGGCAGUUUUCCUCCACAACCUGGAAUAGUACUUCAUUCAAAGUGCCACUGAAUUUACUUGAUACUGAUAGUUCCAUCUGUCCAAACAGGAAUUGCUUUUCUCUGAAGUAUGACACAGGUUUCAUUUUUGAACUUGACAGUCCCUUAUUCUUCAAAUUCAAGCAGUUGAACAUUGAUUUGGAAAUGAUAUUGUACUGUGCACCUAGUAUGUCUAAGCAAAAAAUGCUCAUGAGAUUGCAUGUCAUGGACAAGGAUUGCCAACACAAUUAUCUUCCAAAUAAUGUUGAAAUGCCUCUUUAUAUGCCAGUCAUAGAUAAAGUUCUAGGUGUUCAUGAUGGAAAUUUAGAAGAACUACCUCUGAGAAUCAUUGUUGAAUGGGAUUCUCAUUUAUGGGAAAUGAUUGUUAAUCAUACAGCUCAACUUUUGGAUGAACAUUGCAGUGUUAUAAAUGUACAAACUAUGCAACAGAAAAUGGGUCAUACCACUUUGAAAGAUUGUUUUUAUUUAUAUACACAAGAAGAAAAGCUCAGUGGAGAUGCCUGGAGAUGUCCACAUUGCCGUCAUCAACAAACAGGAGCAAUAAAGAAGUUACGACUAUGUUCCUUGCCUGAAAUUUUGGUUGUUCAUUUGAAACGUUUUAAACAGGUGAAAAUGCAACGCAAUAAAGUUGAUAUUCUGGUUGAUUUUCCAAUGUGGAGUUUAGAUCUCAGUCAGUAUUUGGUAAAUUCUAGUAAAUGGAAUCAGCAUAUGCAUGAUGGCUAUUCUUCAACUUUUGAUGAAAGCCUUAGAGAUGUUUAUGAUUUGUUUGCUGUAUGCAACCACUAUGGAAAUAUGAUUGGAGGUCAUUACACAGCAUUCUGCAAAAAUCCUGUGGAUGGUUCUUGGUAUCAGUUUGAUGACACUCAAGUAAAACCAAUUUCAAAAAAGGAGGUUGUAACAAAAGCAGCUUAUUUAUUGUUUUAUCAGCAUCGUGGGUUAUUUAAGCAUCAGAAGGAUGAGUUGCUAACUGGAACACAUUGGAUAUGUACUUUACAUGGUGCAUCUUCAAGCUUAGAUUGUCCAUCAGAUCCUCCUCCAAGAACAACUAGUUACUCAAUAUACCAAAGUCCAGCACUGUCAUCCAAUCAAACAUCAUCCUGUCUGCCAGAUUCUGCAGUAAGAAUAAACCCUUAUGAUCAUCCAUGUUCAUCUCCUCCUGUACAUUUUGUUAACAGUACAACAUUUCAGAGUACUCGUGGGAUCCAAAAAAUUCAUACCAACAGCAGUAAUUGUAGCCAACAGUCACUUAAAACAUCUGAGGAAGAACGCAGUUUUAAAAUAUCUGCAGAAGGACAUCAGAAUCAGAAAACCAGUGAACAGAUAACAAAUCCUGGAACCAGAACUGAAUUGAAGAAAUUUGCUACUAUCGCUCGAACUGAAAAUCGUAAUCACUAUAACCAAUUUGAUAAUAAUAGUUCAGUAGUUUUUUCAAGAUCCAAAACCUAUGAUGAUAUUAAAUCUUGCUCUCAACUUUCUUCUAAAAAGUCGAACAUUUCUCAGGGAUCAGAAACACAGUCCAUAACUGAACCUAUACGAUACCAACCACAGCUUCACUUACACAAGUAUAAAGAACAGACAUCAGCUUUCCAUAAGAAGAAAUUACUUGGUCCUUGUUUAAAAGAAUCUUCAGUAUGAUUUUCAGUAUUCCAAAACAAAUAACUGAAUGAUGAAUGGAUUCAUUUAUGUCAAAAUAUCAGAUAUUUUACAAUAAAUAUUACACAAGACACUUCUAGAUUAUUUCUUAUACAGUUUUGCAUUUUUUUUAAAAAUAAUAAAAAUUUAUAUUGUUUAUUCUA